GACCCAAAUUGGCUCCCGUGAAACUGGUCGUUCCCCGAGUCUUGGCUCUUUUGUCUUGCCUUCUUCUUUUGGUUUCAAUGAAACUUCAGUUCAAGCAAAAAGAAAGACAUAUAUUAUAUUAUAUUUGUUUUCUAAAGCCCUACCAGCGGCAUAGGGUUUAAGGCCUGAAGCUGUGGCAGAAAGAAAAAAUAAAAGACUCUGAAGGUUGGGGUUUAGAUUGUAGAGCCGGCUGGUUUUGCUUCUUGUUGAAAAUGGCAGACCAACAGAAGGUAAAGAGCGUGCCGGUACUGCCAUGGAUGCGUAACCCAAUUGAUGUCAGCCUCUUUGAGGAAUGCACACUCAGUCUUCUUCCUUGCCUCGAUCCCAGGUUGAAUGAGGCUUUGCAGAACAUGGGUAUAUCCUCACUCUUUCCGGUUCAAGUUGCAGUUUGGCAAGAGACAAUCGGGCCCGGAGGUUUUGAGCGUGACCUCUGUGUUAAUUCACCCACUGGCAGCGGAAAAACUUUAGCUUAUGCUUUGCCAAUUGUGCAGGCAUUGUCCAAUCGCGCUGUUAAAUGCCUGCGUGCUCUAAUUGUGUUGCCUACUCGUGAUUUGGCAUUGCAGGUCAAAGAGGUUUUUGAUAAGAUUGCACCUGCAGUGGGCUUAUCUGUUGGUCUGGCCGUUGGUCAAUCCUCAAUAGCUGAUGAAAUUUCUCAGCUAAUCAAGAGGCCUAAACUUGAGGCGGGUAUUUGUUAUGACCCAGAAGAUUUUUCACUUGAUUUGCGAAGUUCAGUGGAUAUAUUGGUGGCAACCCCUGGAAGGCUGAUGGACCAUAUUAAUUCAACGGAGGGAUUUACACUUGAGCAUCUGUGUUACCUUGUUGUUGAUGAAACAGAUCGUCUGCUCAGGGAAGCAUACCAGUCUUGGCUACCUACUGUGCUUCAAUUAACUCGCUUUAGUGAUGAAGGUUUCUUUCCUUGUGCUCACACUUUUCGACCUUCUUUGUUCGGUUCCUUAAAAACCAUACGGAGAUCGGGUGUUGAGAGGGGGUUUAAGGGUAAAAGUUACCCCAGGCUUGUGAAGAUGGUUCUUUCAGCAACUCUGACCCAGGAUCCAAGCAAGCUUGCUCAGCUUGAUCUACAUCACCCUUUAUUAUUAACAACUGGAAAAAUGCGUUAUCAACUUCCAGGAAAAUUAGAAUCCUACGAACUGGUUUGUGAAUCAAAACUCAAACCGUUAUAUUUGGUUGCGCUUCUGCAAAAUUUAGGAGGAGAGAAGUGCAUUGUUUUUACAUCAUCUGUGGAGUCAACUCAUCGUCUUUGCACCUUACUGAAUUUCUUUCAUGAUUUGCCUUUCAAGGUCCAGGAGUAUUCAGGCCUUCAACGGCAGGCUGUAAGAAGCAAGACAUUGAGACGAUUCCGGGAAGGGGAGAUCCAAGUACUUGUUUCAUCUGAUGCAAUGACUCGUGGAAUGGAUGUAGAAGGGGUGAGAAGCAUUAUUAAUUACGAUAUGCCUAUGUACAUAAAAACAUAUAUUCAUCGGGCAGGGAGGACUGCAAGAGCUGGACAGACUGGACGCUGCUUCACUUUGCUGCGUAAAGAUGAGGUUAAGCAUUUCAAAAAGCUGUUGCGGAAAGCGGACAAUAACUCUUGCGCUGUUUACUCUGUUCCUUCAAGUUCUAUUGAAUCACUGCGCUCUAUUUAUACAUCUGCACUUGAGAAAUUGAAAGAAACAGUUGAAAUGGAAGCAUCCAAGAAGCCUAAAGUUGGUUUCAAGUCUUCUAGCAGGGAAAGGACGUAAAGUUUAUCUGUAAUCAUUCAGGCAGGUUUUGCCUACACAAUGGAUCAAUUUCUGUUGUAUUCCAAGCAACUUCAAGGCUUGAGUGAUGCAAGUUUACUGUUCAAAUUGGUUUGGAAAUAGAUCAAGGUGGGAAGACGAAAUGAAAGAUAUAUUGGAAGCUAAAUUCAGGGUACUGAAUUUAUCCUAGUGAUCAUACACACUACAAAUAGUAUACAGUAUGUAUUUGUUUAAUUUGUAUCCGUCACCAGGAUGGAGAAUAAUGAUCAAAUAGAAAUUGCUGGCUCAAAAAAAUUGUAAACAAACAGUACUUUAUGUCUUCAUCCGUUAGAACUUAUAAUCUCAGUUUACCUUUCUAUUCAAA